GAAAUUUUUAAAAAUUUUCUCGCCUCUCUGGGCUUGGACCUUGGUGGCGGCGCUAUGGCGAAACGCACCAAGAAGGUCGGGAUCGUGGGUAAAUACGGGACCCGCUAUGGCGCCUCCCUCCGGAAGAUGGUGAAGAAGAUUGAGAUCAGCCAGCAUGCCAAGUACACUUGCUCCUUCUGCGGCAAAACCAAGAUGAAGAGACAAGCCGUGGGGAUCUGGCACUGUGGCUCCUGCAUGAAAACAGUGGCUGGUGGUGCCUGGACAUACAACACCACUUCUGCUGUCACAGUGAAGUCUGCGAUCAGAAGACUGAAAGAAUUGAAAGACCAGCAGAGGUGCCAUAUGAGACAUCAGCAGCCUAUAAUAAAUGGGUUAAUUUAUAUAAAAAUUUUUUUUUCUCAAUAGUCAUCUGAACUACUU